UUAAGCUAUAAACAAAGUCCCAGCCCCAGCAAUGGGAAUGUUCAACAUCAAUGGCUCCUUUUCCCACACAGAGUUUAUCCUCUUCGGAUUCCCUGGGAUCUCCCAGUCCAGACAUUGGUUGUUCAUCCCCUUUUUCUUCAUUUACCUGGAGAUCCUGAUGGGAAACUUAAUGAUUAUCUAUCAGAUACUGGUAGAAAGGAGCCUUCAUCUCCCCAUGUACUCACUUAUCUGUCUUCUAUUUGCUGUCAACAUCUCCUGCACAACUGCAAUUGUACCCAACAUGUUAUUGGGCUUGGUGUUUGGGCUAAACGAUAUCUCCCUUGGUUCCUGUCUGUUUCAGAUGUUCUUUAUAUACACAGCCCUCAUACUUGAGUCCACUAUGUUGGUGAUCAUGGCUUUAGACAGGUAUCUGGCCAUCUGUAGGCCCUUAAGGUACCACAAUAUAAUGAACAAUUGUUUGGUAGGCCAACUUUUCCUCAUUGGUUUAGUUCAGAGCAGCCUUUUCUCUGCUCCAAUUAUCAUUGUGGCUUCCCAAGUCCACUUCUGUAGAUCCAACAUCAUCUGGCAUUUUGCUUGUGAGAACAUGGUGCUCUUGAAUCUUGGCUGUGGAGACAUCUCUAAAAUCCAGCUGUUGGGACUGAUGGUGAGGAUCUUGGUUAUAGCCAUGGACAUCAGCCUUCUCCUGGUUUCAUACCUGUACAUCUUCCACUCAACAAUGAAGAUCGCUAGAGGCAAAUCCCUACACAAAACUCUGCACACUUGCAGUACACACUUGAUAGUGGUUGUGCUGAACUACAGUUGUGGCUUAUCAUCUGCCAUUUUAUACAGGUUGUCCAUUUCAGUUGAUGUCCAAAAUCUUUUCAGUGCAAUAUACUAUCUGUUUCCAGCCACUGUUCACCCAUUUAUCUAUGGCUACAGAAUGAAAGAGAUUAGAACUUGCUUAGUAAAGUCAUGGAGGGGGAGGGGUUGUGUGUGAAUAAAUUACACAGUAGAUGAAUGGAAAGAAAAGGCACAAGAAGAAUUUUGCAUUUCAUUUGUAUGAAAUGCCAAACUUUUUUAAGAAUUU